AGCUGGACCCAGCAGGAAAGCAGGGAGUACAGAGAGGAAGCCCCUGGCACCCUCGGUCACUGCACCCUAGGCCUAGGCCACCCACCAUGGCGCUGGGCUUGGAGCAGGCGGAGGAGCAGCGGCUGUACCAGCAGACGCUCCUGCAGGACGGGCUCAAGGACAUGCUGGACCACGGCAAGUUCCUCGACUGCGUGGUACGGGUGGGCGAGCGUGAGUUCCCGUGCCACCGCCUGGUGCUGGCCGCCUGCAGCCCCUACUUCCGGGCACGUUUCCUGGCGGAGCCCGAGAACGCAGGCGAACUGCGCCUGGAGGAGGUGUCCCCGGACGUGGUGGCCCAGGUGUUGCACUACCUGUACACGUCGGAGAUCUCGCUGGACGAGGCGAGCGUUCAGGAUCUGUUUGCCGCGGCGCACCGCUUCCAGAUCCCGUCCAUCUUCACCAUCUGCGUGUCCUUCCUGCAGAAACGCCUGUGUCUCUCCAACUGCCUGGCGGUCUUCCGUCUCGGGCUCCUGCUCGACUGCGCGCGCCUGGCCGUGGCCGCUCGCGACUUCAUCUGCGCGCGUUUCUCGCUCGUGUCACGCGACAACGACUUCCUCGGGCUCUCGGCCGACGAGCUCAUCGCCAUCAUCUCCAGCGACAACCUCAACGUGGAAAAGGAGGAGGCUGUGUUUGAGGCGGUGAUGCGGUGGGCGGCCAGCGGCGACGCCGAGGCCAAGGCCGAGCGCCAGCGCGCGCUGCCCACUGUCUUCGAGAGCGUGCGCUUCCGCCUGCUGCCGCGCGCCUUCCUGGAGAGCCGCGUGGAGCGCCACCCUCUCGUGCGGGCCCAGCCCGAGCUGCUGCGGAAAGUGCAGAUGGUGAAGGAUGCCCACGAGGGCCGCAUCACUGUCCUGCGCAAGAAGAAGAAGGAGAAGGGGAAGGAGGCAGCUGGGACCAAGGCGGCUGACAAGGGCACGGGUGAAGCCAAGGCAGAAGAGGACGAGGAGGAGGAGGACGAGCGUGUCCUACCCGGCAUCCUCAACGACACGCUGCGCUUUGGCAUGUUCCUGCAGGACCUCAUUUUCAUGAUCAGCGAGGAGGGCGCCGUGGCCUACGAUCCGGCUGCCAACGAGUGUUACUGUGCCUCUCUCUCCACCCAGAUCCCCAAGAACCACGUCAGCCUGGCGACAAAGGAGAACCAGGUCUUCGUGGCUGGGGGCCUCUUCUACAACGAGGACAACAAAGAGGACCCCAUGAGUGCUUACUUCUUGCAGUUUGACCACCUGGACUCAGACUGGCUGGGGAUGCCGCCGCUGCCCUCGCCGCGCUGCCUCUUCGGCCUGGGAGAGGCUCUCAACUCCAUCUACGUGGUCGGAGGCCGGGAGCUCAAGGACGGGGAGAGCAGCCUGGACUCGGUCAUGUGCUACGACAGGCUGUCGUUCAAAUGGGGUGAAUCGGACCCGCUGCCCUACGCGGUGUACGGCCACGCGGUGCUCUCCCAUAUGGACCUUGUCUACGUCAUUGGCGGCAAAGGAAGCAACAGGAAGUGCCUGAAUAAGAUGUGCGUCUAUGACCCCAAGAAGUUCGAGUGGAAGGAGCUGGCUCCCAUGCAGACGGCUCGAUCACUCUUCGGGGCCACCGUCCACGAUGGCCGCAUUUUUGUGGCGGCUGGGGUCACAGACACUGGGCUGACCAGUUCCGUCGAGGUGUACAGCAUCGCGGACAACAAGUGGGCAUCCUUUGAGGCCUUCCCGCAGGAGCGCAGCUCGCUUAGCCUGGUCAGCCUGGCAGGCACCCUCUAUGCCAUUGGUGGCUUUGCCACUCUGGAGACUGAGUCCGGGGAGCUGGUCCCCACAGAGCUCACGGACAUCUGGAGGUACAAUGAGGAUGAGAAGAAGUGGGAAGGUGUGCUGCGGGAGAUUGCCUACGCCACGGGCGCCACCUUCCUACCUGUGCGGCUCAACGUGCUGCGCCUGACCAAGAUGUAACCAGCCUGGAGGGCCUGAACCAAGUGCCCUGCGGCCCACACAGGCCGGGCCUUCUGGGGGCUCCAGGGAGGAGGCUGGGAGGGGCCAGAGCCCACCUGGCUGUCAUGAUGGCCGAGUGGCUGCUUCAGCCAGGGAAGGUCACACUGCCAGUCCCAGCCUGGGGACAGGGACAGGAACCUGAGGCCCCUCCAAUGUCUCCGUAUCCCCCACGUUCUUGGCCCUUGAGCCAGCAACACAAGGACGUAUCCCAGGAGGCUGCAUCCUGGCCCUGCCGCAGCCUGGCUGCACGCAUCAGUAAAUUCCCCACAGGAGCCGGUCCUCGCCUGUCUCAUGGGGAAUGUCCCCAUCGAGUGCCCCCUGCAGCACAGAUAAGUCUCCUUCCGUAAGAAGAAUAAAGUGCCUUCCGAGCAAGCAGCUCAGGGUCUGGAAUCAGGCGCUCCAAGAGAGUGAGCAGCUAGUUUGAAGAUCCGGGGCUUUAACGUUCAGCUUUUGGGGUCUCCGGGUUGGUGGUCCCUGCCUUCCACAUGAUGUCUCCUCC